CGGCUGGCCAUGCGCUGAGCGGCGCGGGGAAGAUGUCGCUGUCCCGGCUGAGCGGCUUCGCCAACGGCUUCCCGGAGGAGCCCUCCGGGGCGGAGGCCGGCGCGGCGGACAUCGCGCGGGUCCUCAGGUGCCUGGAGGUGGGCACCGUCCUCACGCUGUUCUACCAAAAGAAGUCGCAGCGCCCGGAGCGCAGGACCUUCCAGGUGCGCCUGAAGAGCCGGCAGGUCGUGUGGAGCCGCGCGCCCGAGAAGGUGGAGGGAGACGUGGACAUCAGGGAAAUUAAGGAGAUCCGGGCAGGAAAAAAUUCCCGGGAUUUCGAACGAUACCCCGAAGAAGCCCGGAAACUGGACUCUGCGUUGUGUUUUGUCAUCUUAUAUGGGAUGGACUUCAGGCUGAAGACGUUGAGUGUUGCUGCCUUCUGCGAAGAUGAUGUCAGUCUCUGGGUGGCAGGUCUGAACUGGCUGGUGACGGACACGCAACGAUCGCAGACGCCGCUCCUGAUCGAAAGGUGGCUGAGAAAGCAGUUUGACUCGAUGGACAGAUCGCGGGAAGGGAGCAUAACCCCCAAGGAUCUGAAGGCCAUGUUGCCCCAGGUCAACUACAGAGUGCCUAACAUGAGGUUCCUGAGGGACAAACUGCUGGAGGUAGAAGUCCGCAGUGAAAUUAACUUCAGCCACUUUGCUCACUUCUACAAAAACCUGAUGUUUGAUGCCCAGAAAUCAAUCAUUGAGCAGCUGGAGUUGUCCUUUCCCCUGCGAAACGUCGACCGGCCGGAGCUCUGCCAGAUCACCCUGUAUGACUUCCAGAAGUUCCUGCAAUAUGAUCAGAAGGAGCCGUGGGCCAGCGACAUCGCCAGAGUCCACGAGUGCAUGUGCAGCUACCUGCGGGACCCCUUCAUCGACAUGGCGGAGCCGUUCUUCCAGCUGGAUGAGUUCCUGACAUUCCUGUUCUCCAAAGAAAACAUGGUCCUGGACGCCAAGCACGAGCGUGUGGUGCCGGAUGAAAUGAACCACCCCUUAUCCCAGUACUGGAUCUCCUCCUCUCACAACACGUAUCUCACGGGAGACCAGUUCUCCAGCGAGUCCUCCCUGGAAGCCUACGCCCGCUGCCUCCGGAUGGGCUGCCGCUGCAUCGAGCUGGACUGCUGGGAUGGCCCGGAUGACCUGCCGAUCAUCUACCACGGCCACACGCUCACCUCCAAAAUCAAGUUCUUGGACGUGCUGCACACCAUCAAGGAACACGCCUUCACCACCUCGGAGUAUCCCAUCAUCCUCUCCAUCGAGGACCACUGCAGCAUCGUCCAGCAGAGGAACAUGGCCUCCCACUUCAAGAAGGUCUUUGGGGACAUGCUUCUCACCAAGCCGGUGGACAUCAAUGCCGACCAGCUGCCUUCCCCAGCCCAGCUCAAGAAAAGAAUCCUCAUCAAGCACAAGAAGCUGGUUGAAGGGAACCUGUACGAGGAGGUCUCCGUGGCCAGCUACUCCGAAAACGACAUCAGCAACUCCAUCAAGAACGGCAUCCUGUACCUGGAAGACCCGAUCGACCACACCUGGAGUCCACACUAUUUUGUUCUGACGAGCAACAAGAUCUACUACUCUGAGGAAACAUCCCGCUAUCAAUCUAACGAGGAUGAGGAAGAGACAGAACAGAAAGAGGAGUUCAGCAACAGCGAGCUGCACUUCAGCGAGAAAUGGUUCCAUGGCAAGCUCGGCGGGGGCCGCGACGGGCGCCAGAUCGCGGAGAAGCUGCUGCACGAUUACUGCACCGAGACGGGUGGCAAGGACGGCACCUUCCUGGUGCGGGAGAGCGAGACCUUCGUGGGCGACUACACGCUCUCCUUCUGGCGCUCCGGCCGCGUGCAGCACUGCCGCAUCCACUCGCGCCAGGAGGCCGGGGCCACCAAGUUCUACCUGACGGACAACCUGGUGUUCGACAGCCUGUACAGCCUCAUCUGCCACUACCGGGAGGUGCCGCUGCGCUGCAACGAGUUUGAGAUGCGGCUGACGGACCCCGUGCCCCAGCCCAACGCGCACGAGAGCAAAGAGUGGUACCACGCCAGCCUGACGCGCCUGCAGGCCGAGCACAUGCUGAUGAGGGUGCCCCGGGACGGAGCCUUCCUUGUGCGCAAACGCAGCGAGCCCAACUCCUUCGCCAUCUCCUUCCGGGCCGAGGGCAAGAUCAAGCACUGCCGCAUUCAGCAGGAGGGGCGGCUUUUCAUGCUGGGCAGCUCGGCGGAGUUCGAGAGCCUGCUGGACCUGGUGGGCUACUACGAGAAGCACCCGCUGUACCGCAAGAUGAAGCUGCGCUACCCCAUCAACGAGGAGGCCCUGGAGAAGAUGGGCACCACGGAACUGGACUACGGGGCGCUGUACGAGGUGCGGACGCCCCACUUCUACGUCGAAGCCAACAAGAUGCCGAUGGCGAGGUGCACAGUGAAGGCCCUGUAUGACUACAAGGCCCAGCGGGAAGACGAGCUCUCCUUCUGCAAGCAGGCCAUUAUUCACAACGUCGACAAGCAGGACGGAGGAUGGUGGCGUGGAGACUACGGGGGCAAGAAGCAGCUCUGGUUCCCCGCCAACUAUGUGGAGGAGAUCAUGAACUCGGCACCCGAACAGGAUGAGGCCUCGGUGGAAAACAGCCCGCUGGGCAACUUCCUGAAAGGAUUCAUUGAUGUCCCCUCCUGCCACGUGGUUAUCGCCAAAGACGGGAGGAGCUCCAAACCAUUUGUCUUCACCAUCCAUUCCCAGCAGAUGACCCACCCAUCCCAGUCGCUGGACGUCGCCACUGACACCCAGGAGGAGCUCCAUGACUGGGUGGCCAAAAUCCGGGAGGCCACGCAGAACGCGGACGCCAGGAUGCAGGAGGGCAAGAUCAUGGAGCGGAGAAAGAAGAUCGCCCUGGAGCUGUCCGAGCUGGUGGUCUACUGCCGCCCGGUGCCCUUCGACGAGGAGAAGAUCGGCACGGAGAAGGCGUGCUACCGCGACAUGUCCUCCUUCCCCGAGACCAAGGCCGAGAAGUACGCCAACCGCAGCAAGGGCAAGCGGUUCCUGCAGUACAACCGCCGGCAGCUGAGCCGCAUCUACCCCAAGGGGCAGCGCCUGGACUCCUCCAACUACGACCCGCUGCCCAUGUGGAUCUGUGGCAGCCAGCUGGUCGCCCUGAACUUCCAGACGCCUGACAAGCCGAUGCAGCUGAACCAGUCGCUGUUCACGCUGGGCGGGCACAGUGGAUACGUCCUGCAGCCCGACAUCAUGCGAGACGACCUUUUCGACCCCUUCGACAAGAAUAGCCUGAAGCACGUGGAGCCCAUCACCGUGCAGCUGCAGAUCCUCGGGGCCCGACACCUCCCCAAGAACGGCCGCAGCAUCGUCUGCCCCUUCGUGGAGGUCGAGGUCUGUGGCUCGGAGUUCGACAACAGCAAAAGCAAGACGGAUGUCGUAGCCGACAACGGCCUCAGCCCGGUCUGGCUCAACAAGCAGUUUGUCUUUGACAUCAACAACCCCGAGUUUGCCUUCCUGCGCUUUGUGGUCUACGAGGAGGACAUGUUCAGUGACCCCAACUUCUUGGCCCAGGCCACCUUCCCCGUCAAGGGCCUCAAGACAGGUUACAGGUCGGUGCCCCUGAAGAACAGCUACAGCGAGGACCUUGAGCUGGCUUCUCUGCUGCUGCACAUCGAAAUCGUGAAUGCCAAGGAAGAAGACGACGAGAACCUGUACUCCUCCAUCCAGCAGCUGCGUGACCGGGCCAGCGAGCUCUCGAACCAGGUGUCCAGCUUCGAGCACAACAACAAUUGUGACUUGCGCUAUCAGCAGCGGCUGGACGAACUGCGGGCGGCGCAGGAGCGGCUCAUGGAACUGACGGAAGUGCGCAACCGGAAGCUGAUGGAGAAGAAGAAACGAGACCGGCAGCUGGCCAACAAGCGCAACUGAAGCGAGGUGCGCGCUUCCGCGUGCCUCCAAUUCGGGGGAGCCUGGCGUGGCUUCCCUCCUCUCCCCACCACACCCGACGGAGGCCUUGGAUUCUGCCUGCUGCUGAGACUGCACCCGGGUCCCGGCUGCCGGCCCAGCUGCCACCGCGGUGGUGGGGCAGGGGUGGGCAGCUGAGGUGACGGCAGCAGGGUGCUGUGCCGCAGUGCUGGGAAGCAGGAGCCCGGUGCGUCCCUGGCCGUUCCCCCGCUGUGCGAGCAGCCUGGGAUGAUGGCCGUGCGGUUCCCACAGGCCCCGCUGCACACCUCCGCUGCGAACCGUGUCAUGGGAAAGUUUUGUCGCGCUCCGUUUUAGUCCACUGCAUUGACCUUCCUCGUGGGUGGAAGAGGCAGCCCUCUCUGCUUUUUACCUGAAUUGCCCCCCUCCCCUGGCUGCACCUCCAGCUGGUGCCAGCGCCUUGAGUGCUCCUUCGGAGAGUCUUCUCCCGCCUGGCCUGCAAGAGCUGGUGGGGAAGAGGCCAAGCACCUGGCAGCUGGCGUGCACGGGUCUGCGCGAGGACAGCCGAGCGAGGAAGGUCCGCCGGGUGGCCAGCACACACGAGGCAGCUGAGUGGGAGCGAGAAUCACGAGGCUGAAGAGGCCCAGGGUGAAGGCACCACAUUCCUUGGAGGAAAGCAGAACCCCAGUCCGCUCUGCCAGACACAUCUUCCUGCGUCCAGCAGCACCGCUCUGUCCUUUCCCUCUUUUAGCACAAGUUCUGAAGCAGCUGCCCAAACCCUCGGCCACCUGCCCCAACGGCUGAUCCGGCUGAGUGGGCAGUGGGGCUUGCUUAUUUAUUUAUUUAUUGUAGAGAUGUCUCCUCCCCCACAGCUGCCUUUCCUAAGACAACAUUUCCCUAUAGAUCAUGCGCUCAGGGUGUUGGGGAGUCAGGCGUCUCACAGCCACAGGAAGAGGGGUUGAUUUAAGGUAGUGGCCACAUUCCCAGUGCCACCGCUGUGAGGACCAGAACCAUAAAUCCCGGUGUUCCCUCUCAGUUUGAAAGGCUUGCUUUUUACCAGCAUCUUCUAAAGAUAGAAGGGUAGGGAAGUGCAAAAUUCCUGCGAAGAGAGAUGUCCCACUGAAACACUUGGCUAGAAACCAAACUGAUGCUCUGUUGGCGGAGCCUCGAAGGGGACCACUGAGGCUGCGGCAGCCCAAGACAGGACUUUUCUCCAAUGCGGUCAAGACUCCCUUAGCUUUGGAAUUCUGCAGUGUUUCCCAUGAAAAAGCCCUCCUCUUGCUUCACCUCUCAUCGUGGUGGCCACUCAGAAUGGAAACUCGGCAGUCACGACCUUUGAGAGAAGUCAUUUUCUGGCAAGGAAACAGCAGCUGGUGAGAUGGCAGAAGCAUCACCAGAGCUGGGAGUCACCUGUGGGUUAAUGUUCCGGUGGGUCACACGGGGCUGCCCUGCGGCCAGAAAAGAUGCCACCAGGCCCAGUGAGGUCCAGGCGCCAAGAUAAGGACAGGUGAAGGGCAGGACACCCCUUAACUGCGCAUUUUUCCAUUCCAAAGCUGCGCAAUGUCAGCAGAUCACACAUUCCCCAUUUGGGCUAACAAGCCGUCCAGCCAUGCAAGCAGGACCGGCAAGGCCCUGGCUGCCUUGCUUUGGCACCCUGGGCGCUUUCCCUCUCCUCCCUUCCUUGCCUUCACCUCAACAGAACUUGCUCUGUAUUCUCGUGUUGCUACUUAGAAAGAGGCCUUUCUUGUUACACAAGUCCCUCCAUCAAAGGAAGGGUGUCUCUGGCUCCAACCCAAUCAAUUUCACAUUUUGAGAAUCGGUUGCAGAGGCAGCAUUCAGAACCAUGCAGCUUAGCCAGUUUUAAAAUCUCUGAAGGGAUCCGUGGCCCUGAGUAGGCUACCCAGCCGAAGCAUCCAAGUUUUAUCUGGUGCCUUCUUUUUCCCCCAACUCCUUGCAGUAGAAUCAGGUUUGUAAGAGAGUCAGUUUUAGGAAAAGCCUUCUAUCUUGCACCCCGAUUGCAUCAUUUGGAUGGCUUCCAAACAAAGCAAGACGCUGGGAGAAAUUUGGUACAGUGGGACUGAAAUAGAGGCGACUCCAGCACUGGCCCAGCGGAACGCAAAGCACCAGGACGGACCUCCAGCUGCGGGGAAAACCGGUGCUGGCUUCAGGGGAGUGCAACCUCGGCAGCAACGGGGAGGCCUGUGGAAGCGACGAGGCGGCCUCCUUGUGCUGCCAGCAGUGAGCGAGAAGAGCGGCCCGCUUCCGGACACAAGCGUCUGCAGAGGGGUCAAGGCCCAUGUGUGCAAACAGCAAAGCGGUCCGAAGUGGCAGCCGGCCUUAACGGAAGGCAGCAUUAAAGGGCUCCAUUUGUGCCAGUGAUGUUUGCACAGGAAACGUUCCAGGAAAGGUGCGGUCAGGUGAGGAAAGAAUCGCUGCACUGAGCAAAGCAGGAAUUGCAGACUGGGGCCGGGAAGAAGCGAGAAUGAUUUCGAAGCAGGCGCUUUUGCCCUCCUGAGCAAAUCCCUUCUAGCAAACCAGGAGAAAAACGGAGCAAGGAGGAGGGCACUCUGCUCGCUGUUGUGAGGCACACCACACAAACUGAGAGGUGGCAGUUUUAAAGGGCAACAUUUAGUACCUCCAGGGACUAUGCAAAACCAAACGACCGUGAAGUGUUGGGAACAUGUGAGUUGGAAAGAGGAAAAGGGCCAGGGAAGAAGCCGAAAUGCCUGCCUUCACCCUUUCCAGAAGCCGGUGGCAGAGUCACCGAGAAACAGCCCUUACUAUGUGGUGGUAAACUUUGCAGCCACAAAUGCAGAGACGUGAGUGGGUUAAAAUCUCACCUGCCACUAUUGGGAAAAAAGGCCCAUUGCUGAUGCAGAAAUAAGCUUUGGAGUCCUGGGAAAACCUCCGCAGCGAAAGAGGCCGAAAGGCCCUUGCGCAAACACGAAGACUCCACACAAUGCCUUAUCCCCUCCCGCGGAGCUCAGUGUUUCGGAUGCCACCCAAGUGGAUAUGCAGAUCCUCAUUCGGGCAUCGGCAGUGCCACCCCUGACCGUUUACAAUCACUCACAGAGGCCUACGCAAAGCUGCGCAGCUACAUCCCGGGGAGCCGAGAGCCGCUGCGAUGGUGGCGGGGAGGGGGAUCCCAUCACUGGAGAGCUGCAGCCUCACUGGGCCGUUCUUGCAGCGAGCGCUGCCUCUUCUCCAUGGGGCCCGUGGCGGAAGUAGAGCUGCCGCUAGCCAGCACCUGCCCACACAAAAGACGCUUUCCGGUUACAGCUCUGCAGACCCCUGCAGCUUUGAAGCGAGCGGGACUGAAACUGGCCACGAUGGGCCUUGAAGUCAUUCCUUCAGCCACGCCCCCAAAGCAAGUGGGAGGUCCACCCCGCCCCUUUAUGACCACCACUGAAAGACAACUGCCCGGAAGAGGUCUCUGGGGUGGAAGGCCGGGGCAUGGUGCCUGGGCUGGGCCGGGCGCUUUGCCGCCAGCCAGGACGGAGACCGAGUCCUGCCUCAGCCUCGCUAAAGGGGCACCUUCUGUUUCUGGGUAACCCCGAUGACGCGCUCUGCUCGUUUCCAGCACACCGCCAGUGACUUUGAUUUGCGUCUCUGCAUCUGAGCGGAGGCACAAGUGAGCGGCUCCCUCGCGGAGAUGCCUGCGGAGCCAUGAACUGCAGUCGCCCCCAUCCCUGCGUUGCGCCUGGGCAUCGCCUUGCUCGUCGGCACAGGCAGGUCGAACGCUACCUUGGCCGGGGAGGGAAGCCUCGGAAAGCGGUUGACCUGCUGGCAGGAGGCACACCUGCCGGGAGGUUGAGAGCGUGCCACUCCUGUUCGGGACCCGGGCUGAGCAGAAAAGAGUUCAGGGAGGGAGGGAGGAGGGGUGGCUGUGGGUGUACAGCAGGGGAGAUCCGUCCAGGGAGAACUUCAGAAGCACAAGCAAGUCGGCAGGUGCACCAGCUCUGUUGCAAGGAGAUCAGGUCCCCCCUCCAGUGCCGUCCUGGAGAGGGACCCACAUAUACUUUGUAUGAAAAUAAAUCUAUUUAGCCAGUAUUUAUACAUGAAA